AUGAAAUCGCUGGUUUCCCGCGGAUAUGCCAAGAAGCGAUUUGCAUGGAGGACAUACUAUUGGUUCCUGACUAACGAGGGCAUAGAUUACCUCAGAGAAGUGUUGCAUCUGCCCGCCGAGGUUGUGCCCGCUACCCUCAACAAGCCUCAGGCUGAGAGCCGCCUUCUUAGUGCUGGUGGCCCAAUGGGAGGUCCUCGUUCACAGGGUGAUGGGAGAAUGGCUUAUCGGCGUGGUCCCGCAUUCCCUGGCGCAGGCCAAGCUGAAGCCGGCAAGGAUGCUGGCGUUGUUGGUGAUGGCCAGGUUCACUUCCACAGUGGCGCUGGUCGUGGAAAGCCCCUGUAG